AUGGGAGCACUAGAAGAAAAAGUGGAAGCACUUCUCAAGUUAUCUCAGCAGAGUGUAGACGACAGGAAUUCAAAUGUCUUUACUCCUCAGUCACACCAAGGAAGUACCGUACCUAUGAUAAAUGCAAGAUGUCAACUGCUGCAUUGGUACGUAUUUGAAGAGGAAGAAGUCGUAGCAGAAGGGAAGAUUGCAUCAACAGACCCAACUGCAAAGGUUUGUGUUGGGAAGCAUAGAUGUUCGGUUCCCACGUCGACAACAAAACUAGGAGAUCCGUGUCCUAGUGUGAUGAAAAGCUUGGCAAUUGAAGCUCUUUGUAGUGGUUGA